UUUAAAUUCUGUUCUUCGUAAUUCUUUUUCCCCCUUCUUCUUCUUCAUUUUCUGCUCAUUCUUAUCUCUUCUUAGAACAAUGCUUGUUGUUCAAUCCCAUCUGACUUCACUUGGACUCCACUGACACUCUCCAACUCCCGGCGCCGGCGGCCUCACUCGCCGCCUUACGGGAACCACCCACCCCCGCUUCAUCUUCCCUUUUCUUUUGCUUCCCGGUAAGCUUUUUUCUGCUCUAGGGUUUCUAAAUUUCACAAUUUCCACCUCUUCUAUUCUUCCUCAAUCGCCUCGCGUAUUCAAACUUUUCUUUCCAAUUGAGUUCCUUCCUGGGGUUUAAACCUUCUGCUUUCCCCAAUUUCUUUCGGUAAUUGGGGGUUUCUUUCAAGGGUUAUGUGAAAUUCGUUCCUGCUUGGAACAAAGAGAAGUAGGAGAGCUUCUUGUUUGUUUGGGGGAAAGUAUUACUCAUGGAAGGGAGGAGGAUUUCUGCUAGUCCUCGGCCUUGUUCUGGUCGGCGUAUUUUGGCUAAGAAACGACCUCGGGUGGAUGGGUUUGUUAAUAGUGUUAAGAAGCUGCAGAGACGGGAGAUAUGUUCGAAGCGUGAUCGUGCUUUUAGUAUGAGUAAUGCUCAAGAGAGAUUUCGCAACAUGCGUUUGAUGGAGGAAUAUGAUACUCAUGAUCCAAAGGGGCAUUGUUCACCCGUUUUACCUUUUCUGAUGAAGAGGACAAAAGUAAUUGAAAUUGUCGCUGCACGUGAUAUUGUUUUUGCUCUAGCACAUUCUGGUGUUUGUGCAGCUUUUAGCAGGGAGACAAAUGAAAGAAUAUGCUUCUUGAAUGUCAGUCCUGACGAGGUCAUUAGGAGUUUGUUUUACAAUAAGAACAAUGAUUCACUUAUCACAGUUUCAGUUUAUGCUUCUGAUAACUUCAGUUCUUUGAAAUGCAGAUCUACAAGGAUUGAAUACAUUCGAAGGGGCAAACCUGAUGCAGGUUUUGCACUUUUUGAGUCUGAAUCGUUGAAGUGGCCUGGAUUUGUUGAGUUUGAUGAUGUUAAUGGGAAAGUUUUAACCUACUCUGCACAGGAUAGUAUAUACAAGGUGUUUGACCUGAAAAACUAUACCAUGCUUUACUCUAUAUCAGAUAAGCAUGUUCAAGAAAUCAAGAUCAGCCCUGGAAUCAUGUUGUUGAUCUUCAAUAGAGCUAGUAGCCAUGUUCCUCUUAAGAUUCUGUCGAUAGAAGAUGGCACAGUUCUCAAAGCUUUCAACCAUCUGCUUCAUCGGAACAAGAAAGUUGACUUCAUAGAACAAUUUAAUGAAAAACUUCUUGUGAAGCAAGAAAAUGAAAAUCUUCAAAUACUUGAUGUUCGCAAUGCUGAAUUGAUGGAAGUUAGCAGAACUGAAUUUAUGACCCCAUCAGCAUUUAUCUUUCUGUAUGAAAACCAAUUGUUCCUGACAUUUAGAGACCGAACUGUGGCUGUCUGGAACUUCCGUGGGGAGCUUGUAACUUCGUUUGAGGAUCACCUUUUAUGGCAUCCAGACUGCAAUACCAACAACAUUUACAUCACUAGUGAUCAGGAUCUCAUUAUAUCUUACUGCAAGGCUGAUUCUGAUGAUCAUUGGAUGGUAGGAAAUGCUGGUUCUAUCAACAUCAGCAACAUCUUGACUGGAAAAUGUCUAGCCAAGAUUAAUGCAAGCAACGGAAAACCCAAGGUCAACGACAGCAGCAGCAGCAGCAGCGGUGCUGGCAGCUCGAGAAAGGUUUGCAACUCUUCACAGAUGAGAAACACGGUUGCAGAGGCUUUGGAAGAUAUUACCGCACUUUUCUAUGAUGAAGAGCGUAAUGAGAUAUACACUGGCAACAAGAAUGGUCUAGUACAUGUGUGGUCUAACUGAAGACCACAUUUUUUCUUUUUAAAUUUGUUUUUUUGUUAUUUUUUUCUCUUUUCUGAAGUUUGCUUUGACAUUGAUCAAACUGAUGAUUUGAUGAUGAAGAUGAAAGGCAGUUCAUAUGUAGAGCUCCAAUGCCGAAAAGUUGAUGGUAGAAUAAUAGGUUGUGUCAGUUUAGUGGAAUAGAGAAAGCUUUGGUUGCAUUGUAACAUUAAAUAGAUUUUAAUGUGUUAUGUAUACUGAUUGUAAAAAUCCACCUUCGCUUUUAUGAGAUCAGUUAACAAUUUAUGAUUGACUCU